GCGAGUCAUCUGACUUGUGUCUGAGACCUGACAGCUGCUGAUCACUUUGGUCUAGUAGGAAAUAGUCCAGGAACAACCUUAGUUGACUCGAAGAAAAUAGCCAAUAUCUUUACCGCUUCCUACUAUUUGAUCGGACAAUGGCCCAUGCCCCGUGGAUCAUUGGUUUCGGACGUCAAUGGUGCAUUGCUGGACCAGCUCUCUGGUACCAAUAUGCAUGGGCGACGACGAUGAGACUUAGGUAUGCAGCUGGGAUUCAUUCCAUCCUUACCACUCCAGAGGUGGUGACGCAGAUGACAACAUCAAGGGAAUCCUUGCUAGCACGACCUCAGCAUUCUCCUUGGGAUCUGUGGCGAUUCAUCCUUGUCUUCAGAGAAAGGAUUGGGAUAUACUGUCUCAAGCCAUAACAUACCUCUCUGUAACAUGCAGCCUGUUGACCGACAUUGUACGGAUUUAUGUAUGCAUCAUUUGUUAUAUUGAUGCAUAGCAUUUCCGAAUUUUGCUCCAGGAAUGUUCCUUACCUGACCUUUAUCUUGUUGGAUGGCAUUAUCGCUCCACUGUUGAAUGUUGAAUAGAGAUCGUUGAUGAUUAUCAAUCUUCAUUCCGCAGUUCGAUAGUUAGAGAGAUAAGACGUCUAUAAAUUAAAGGAAAUUAAUUGUUGGACAAUGCUGGUUUGAAACACAUAUUGUUUUGGCUAGUGAUCUGAGAAAAAGUUUACUACCAGUGUAUACAUGCCACAUGAUGCAUGAUGCCUGCUAUCUGUAAUCAUAUGAAGCUGGCAUGAGUACUUACAGGUCGAGGAGUUUGCCUCCCCUCCCCGGC